UGACAGACACACUGCCAUAGUGAGCCCCCACCGCCUGUAAUCCCUCCGCACAACUCAAUCCUCUGCGGUUUUUUUUUUCCUGCUUCGAAAUACGUCGAGUGAAAAACAUGGACAACAGCGGGAAAGAAAAAGAAGCCAUACAGCUCAUGGCUGACGCCGACAAGAAAGUCAAGUCGUCGGGCUCUUUUUUGGGAGGGAUGUUCGGCGGAGGACAUCACAAAGUGGAGGAGGCCUGCGAGAUGUACUGCAGAGCGGCCAACAUGUUCAAGAUGGCUAAGAACUGGAGCGCUGCCGGCGGAGCCUUUUGCAAGGCGGCGCAUCUUCACAUGCAGCUGCAGAACAAACACGACUGCGCCACCAGUUUCAUCGACGCCGGCAACGCGUACAAGAAGUCUGACCCCAACGAGGCAAUCAAGUGUUUAAAUGCCGCCAUCGAUAUUUACACAGACAUGGGAAGAUUCACCAUCGCCGCCAAACAUCACAUCAGUAUAGCCGAAGUAUACGAGGCCGACCUGGUGGACAUUGAAAAAGCGAUUGCACAUUACGAGCAAGCGGCGGAUUACUACAAGGGAGAGGAAUCAAACAGUUCGGCCAACAAGUGUUUGCUGAAGGUGGGGGCCUACUGUGCUCAGUUGGAGCAAUACCAGAAAGCUAUUGAGAUCUAUGAGCAGGUCGGCGCCAACACCAUGGACAACCCGCUCCUUAAGUAUAGCGCCAAGGAGUAUUUCUUCAAAGCGGCGCUGUGUCAUUUCAUCGUGGACGAGCUCAACGCCAAGAUCGCUGUGGAGAAGUACGAGGAGAUGUUCCCAGCUUUCUCUGACUCCAGAGAGUGCAAACUGUUGAAGAAACUGCUUGAGGCUCAUGAGGAACAGAACAGCGAGGCCUUCACAGAGGCGGUGAAGGAGUUUGACUCCAUCUCACGUCUGGACCAGUGGCACACCGCGCUGCUGCUGCGCAUCAAAAAGACCAUCCAGGGCGACGAGGGAGACCUCAAAUGAGAGCGAGCGGAGGCACGGGACAAAACGAGUCAGCGCAUGGUCCCCCCUCGCCACACAUCACCCCACCCAAUCACCCACACACUUGCACACACAUUCAUACACGUACACAACACAGCACCGCUUUAGAGUAAUACAACCCUCCGAAUCCAGUCGGAAUGUAAAGAUCCUAUCACGUGGAGGACUGCUGCAAACCUUUUUACCAACUUCGCCACGUUAGUCUUUUUUUUUUUUUUUUUUUUUGUGAACAUUCCAUGACGUGUACGACGUGACCAUCCAGAAUCGGGACUACGACACCCACGCCGAGCGCUCACAGCGUCGCCGCUAUUCCGGUACGACAUCACGUACUUGAUGCAUCUUUUUCAGGCUUUUCUCUGUCGCGCUGCGCGAUACCACAAGAUUUGGUGGCAACCCAGUACCAGGUAAAUGCAUGGAAGCAGCAUCUCCCAUCUUGGCUUCAUCCAAAUUAAUUUUCAUGACCGUUUUCAGGUUUUUUUUGCAUAGCGCCCGACAUUUGGUGUCAAUCCAAUACCGGGUAGAUACAGCGCCGCUAUCACUGAUUCCGAUAAAUAUUUAAGGUGGGUAAAUCUGAAUUUUGAAAAAGGUGUUUUUUUUUCAUUGGUGAGAAACAUAAUUAUCGAUCAGUAUCAGUCACUCAACUGCGGUUCAUAAGACGAACCCGAGUAACGUGAUCGAUACCGAUCAGUCACUCAAUACGAGCGGCGGCAUUUGCGGUGUUGCGAUAGUGCUUCGCAAAAUCCAGAAAAAGACGCAUUGAGUGAGGACUGUGAGAGGCAGCUAGCUGAUCGCCGGUCACACGCAGGUCUUCCCCAAUCUCGUUUCUUUAUUGUAUAAGACGCUUCCUCCUUUGCAACAAAAUGAAGGUGAACAAAGCCAAUUAAAACGUUGCAAAAGGCUCUAAAAUCACUCGCAUUUCAAAUUGUGAAGUGUUAGGAGCAAUCAUUUUAAUGGGCAUUGUAGUUUAUCCAUAAAUACAUUCAUGAUCACAAUGUAGUUCGGAAAGUUCAGAAACGCAUCGAAGGGACUGUUAAACAUAUUAUCAGACGCGUUAUUAUUUCCUCCCGACGUGAUUGUGGUACCUCAGGAUUGUUUGAUUUAUUUUUGAUUUUGUCCAGUUUCAAUGCUGACUGCUAAGCGGCCAUGUCGAGAGCGAUGUCAUCUCAGUUUGUUCUCCCCCAGCCCCCCCCCCCCCCCCCCCCCACCCCCACUAAGCAUGCCCCCACUCCCUCAACUCACCAAAGUAUCCAGCUUCUUCCGAAUCUUUAAGAAAAAAAUUAAAUGUGUGAACGGACAAUAAAGUUGUAUUCUAUCCCUAUGAUGCGCCGCAGCAGUUUUGUGCACCAAGUCUUGCAUUUGUUGUAAAACUCCAGUAGUUCGGCAUAGAAAUGACAACCCUUCAGCGUUAGUGCCCUGAUGUCGGCAUACAGCAGAUUGCGACCCGUGUGGCGGUCUGAGCGCUCCCCCGUGCUGAAAAGUCUCCUUGUGAUUAAUGCGCGUGCAUUACUAACAGGGGAACUCGGUACGUAGUAGUAGUCGCUUACUGGGAAAACCCCCAGUCUCAUAGUUCCCCUUCUUCUACAUAGAGGGAGCUAACAUGUUAUGUCCUAACCCCAACCUUAAAACAAAAGUUGAUAAAAACAUAAACAUAUAUAUGUACGUUUGCUGUGGUCGUCUUUCUGAGAUGUCCAUUGCGAACGUGAACACUCGGCGACAAGUUGUUAAAUGGCACAUAUUGAAGCAUGCACGGGGAUGUUUCAGACUGCCCGGAAGUUUACCAAAUAUACACGCAUGUGCGUUAAUCACAAGGAGACUUUUCAGCCCCCGGAGCCCUCAGACCGUCACACUGGCGUGACGCCUUCCUUGCUGAUCAUUUUUACCCUUUAUAGGCGCGCAAACCAACGUUUAUUGGAAACUCACAGCACUAAUCAAAAUGCC